GCCACUUUCGAUUUUGCCAGCCAUCAAUGUACCGAGAUUCAUAUUCAUGAUUGUCACAUUUGCAGUAAUGUAGUCUACAUCCUUAUUCCAUACGAUAAUAACGCUGCUAUGAUGAAUGUUGUAAGUUUAACAUUUUAGAGAACUGAAAAGUGCUCGAGUCGAACAAUGUCAAGUAAGAAAUUUUAAUUUAAAAACAUUACUUACUAAUUAACUAAACUAGUACUAGCCCUUGCUGCUGCUUGCUUGCCUGCUGCUACACAUAAUGAUAAUAAAAUGUUAAUCAUAUUUGCAAUUUUUAGGCAAUAACUAAAGCAGCACAAUUCUUUUUUAAUUGUAGGGAUUUUAUGAAAAACUAAUGCUACACUUAGCAAAAAGACUAGAUCUAUAGAAGUGAAAGAUUCCCCCAUGCAAGAAAAACUCCUACUGCCUACUGACUAUGACUAUAUUUAAAGUAUAACCUACAUUAUUUUACAUUUAAUAUCAGAUAUUGAUUUGCUAUCGGAGAUAUAAAAUAAAUUAAAUUUUUUAAUGGACACAUUGGUUCACCUUUCCAUAUGCUACUUAUUAUUUUUCCCCUUUUCAAUAUGAACAAUUUGAUAUACAUGACCCUAUAUUUUGAAGAAUAUUAUUCACGUUGUGAAUGUGUUCAUAUUCAAAUAUGACAUAUGGAAAUUUUGCGGCCAUUUUGAAUAUUAAUGAGCUCAUCUUGCGUACCGUAGAAUUUAUUAUGUGACAUAUGUUUGGACAAUGUUACGACGAUCACGGAUAUAUAUGGUCCAUUAAUGGUUUGUUAUGUUUAUCUUCAUUAAUUCAUUAAAUAACUUCAACUUCAAUUUACUACUCUUUUUUAACAUCUCUCCCAACUCUCUGCCCAAUUUUUAUUUUAGUCACUUUCAUAUUUUCCUAUAUGUCUCAAUUAACAGAGUUAUCCCAAAAUAAUUCACGAAAAAAAUCAUAACUUUCUUUAGAAUUGACCUACAAACAUAAAUAUGGUAUCAAUGAAUUGCAAUUUUCAGGCCCUAAUCUAAUCAACUAGCUCUUAAAGCCAUAACUUCAUUUUGAAAAUUUUACCCAAGUUCUUACUAUACUGUCUUUAAUUAUUAUUAAACUAUUAAUUUAUUUUAAGGCUGAGCCUUAGCCUUAAAAUAAAUUAAUAGUUUAAUAAUAUUAUAGCAGCAAGUGUCAGUAGUGUAGGCCUAACUAAUCUAAUCUAAUAGUAAUAAACUUAAUAAAUUAAUAAUUAUAAGGCUAAUACUAGUGUUAAGGACGGCUGCCACGGCGUCUUUUGUGUGCUUAUUAUAGUUGCAGUGAAUUAGGGUUUAGGUUAGGUUGAGGGAUCGAUUUAGGGUUCAGGUUAGGCAUAGGGAUUGAUUUAGGGCAUUAGUCAUGGCCAUCGAUAAAAUAGUGGCAUUCGUCCUUUACAUUUACCAAUUAUAAUACUACUAGUACAGUACAGAAUGCAUUAAAGUUAUAGGAUAAAGUAACUACUGAAAAUCUUGAAUGUGUAUAUUAUAAUAUAGUUAUAUGUAUGGCAAAGGUGCACUCCAUGCAUAGCCCUACUAGCCUUAUUAUUAUAGUAGUCACUCACAGAGUCACACUGUGUUCCCAGAAAUAAAAAGGAAACUCUGUUGGCAAUUGUUGUUGGUAAUAGGUCUCUCCAUCACAAAGUAGUAUCCUUAUUUGACCUGUAUUUUUAUUUGUCAUAUGUUAAUGGGCGUGAAUAGCAGGGACGUGCUGGCCCACGACGACGCGACGAGCAUUCGUCACGAGCCAUGGGCCUUUUUGGGCAGUUACUACAGUUAUUACAAUCUCCGGUGUGCAGGGCGGCCUCCGGGCCUUUCUUACUACACCGUUCGUCAUGGGUUUCCAUGUGCCAGCACGUCCCUGGUGAAUGGUGACUGAGUUUGAAAAAGUUGCAGAGCAAUUUUGAAUUUUUUUUUUUUUUUUUAAAGCACCAAGUCACACAGUUUUGCAGUGUAUUGUUACAAACUUAAUUUGGCUAUGAAUUGGAAAGGUACUCUGUCAGACUAUACAUUCCUAAAAUAUUUGAAUCCCCUUUUCCAUGUGCCAGCACGUCCCUGGUGAAUGGUGACUGAGUUUGAAAAAGUUGCAGAGCAAUUUUGAAUUUUUUUUUUUUUUUUUUAAAAGCACCAAGUCACACAGUUUUGCAGUGUAUUGUUACAAACUUAAUUUGGCUAUGAAUUGGAAAGGUACUCUGUCAGACUAUACAUUCCUAAAAUAUUUGAAUCCCCAUACACAAUGGGCAUACAAUUUCCACAUUACUGAAUUAAUGUCCUUAAACAAUAGGUGAAAUGGUUUUUUGCUUAUAUUUAAUUUAAGAAUGUUCAUCUUUGACUUUAGAGGGCAAAUGCUGCACCUGCUAGAGAGCAUGUGUGUGAUUCUCUAUUAUAUUAUUAAAACAGUUCUGAUCAACCACAGUUCCGUUUUAUGUACACUUCAAGAACGGAAAAAUUUUGUAACAAGAGAUGAUAUAACUGUUGCCAACAAUAAUUUGUGCCAUCUCACUAAAUCUAUCUUGGCUUGGCAUUGUUCUGCCAACUUUUAAAUUUUAAAUUGGUCCCCAUUCACAACUUACUUAUGAGCGAAUAUAAUAGUCGUCAACCAUGAAAACAUUUUCCUCUGUCGAGAGACCCAUUUCUAACUGCAACUGUCAAACAUACUUUCAUUAAGACUACUGUAAACACCUCCGACCGGACAUAUGCACCAUUUACAAACCCACAUAUUCAUUCAAGAUGUGGGAGUUUCAGUACAGUUACUUUUGGUGCUCAGUACUGAUACUUUUGGUGCAUAUUGUAUAUAGGCCUAGUUAUUAAUAAUAUUUUUAUCAUUAGGCCUACGCUUUUCUACGGUCUACGAUAUAUUGCUGAUGAUUUUGUUUUAGUAAUUAUAAUUUUAUAAAAACCUAUACUAAAUAAAAUUAAUAGUAUUAAUACCAUGCCAUUAGGGAUUAGAAAGAGCUGAUCACUGUCCUCUUAUCAUUUGCUCUCUAUAGGCUACUUAGUAGACCUAUUUAUUUAUUUUAGAAUGCCUUGGCAUUGCCAUUGGGCUUAUUCUUAUGUUAGUCUUUAGGUUAGUCCCUAACUUAUUUAUUUAGGCCCUAUCUGGCAACUGACAAGGGGUGAGGAGUAGGAUUAAAAUAAUUGAACAGCCUGUUCACCACCCUAAAGACUGUUAUAAGUAGAGGACAGUUUAACCUCGGCAUGGCCAGGACUAUCAUUAUUACCUACUAAUACUAUUAGACAUAGAUAUUCGUUGAUCAAGUCAUAAAGUGUCAGUAAUUAGUAAAGCCACUGGUCACUGGAGUCUAAAGCAACUGUGGUAAUUUUAGUAGACUUAUAUAAGCCUAAGUAUAACAUAACCCUUAAUACCUGUAAAUAUUAAAAGUGAUUUUGUCGGUUUCAGUUCUUUAAUUUGUAAACUUGUGGCAUAAAUCAUUAAUCAUAAAUUGUUUCUAAUUUCAGAAUUUUUAAUUAUAAAUUGAUACUAAUUUCAGAAUUUAAGUUGGCAAUGGUACAAAUGGCUGUUGGCUUGUCCAAGCCAGAAAACUUAGCUCGUGCCACAAAGUUUAUUCAAGAAGCUUCAAGUGCUGGAGCAAAAGUUAUCACAUUGCCAGUAAGACUUCAUUUAACAAUUGAUCUCUUUGUCAACAUUUAACCAUUAUUUUAUGAUGAAUAAUUUAUUACUCUUAUCACUGGCAAAAGAACAUGUUUCGGGGUUAGAAUAUCAGCAAGUAAUUCAACUCACAUAAAUAUUUAAUUGGAGCAGAUUUGAGGAUAAUUGCUGUGAUUUCUUCUUCUAUAGAUGCCAUAUGCACUGUAUGCACCAUUUGCUCUAUGUAUCAUGCACCCUGUGGUAUGCCGACAAUCGAGCAACAACUGGUUUGGCACUUGUCGUUGAAUCCUUUGCUUUUGCUGGCAGAUGCUAUGCAUUCUAUUUCUGCACCCUGACAGCAUUAUAAUAAUUAUAGAGAGAUUGAAAACUUCAAUUUUAAGUUUAUAAAUUAUUUAAUUAGUAAAGUUUUCUAGUUAUUUGAAUUGUGGACUUAUUUUAAAUAAUUUUUAAUAUUAUUAAUUUUUUAACAACAGUUAAGGCAGAAUUGUAAAAAUGUAACAACCAGUUGUAGCAGACCGUGCCAGCUACAGCACACCUCUCCAUGCACCUAUCUUAAUGGCUUAGCUGUAAUUUUUGCUAUGGGGGUGGGGGGGGAUCAGGGUACAACCCAAGGCACUCAACUAAUUAACUAAUCCAUUGGUAAUUUAAUUUCUUAAUGGGACUGCAUCGCUGGUUGUCACCUGACAUAGACCUCAACCCAUGUGGUAAUCCUCUUUUCUAUCUAGGAACACAACUUUACACUUGAUAAAAUCUUACCAGAAUUGUAAAGUUAAAUGCAUUGCAUUUAGUUCAAAUUCGGGUAGAAUGAUUAUUACAAAAAAAAAAAAAAAAAAAAAAACUUGCUGAUGCCUAAAUUACAAGUUAUGAUAUCUAGGGUGAAUUAGAGUCUAGGAGGUUCAAUUAUCGUAUACAGGUAUGUUAUUCAAAGCUGAUUUAUUCCAAACCUGUUACACCCUGUUCAGUUGUUUAAAUUCCUUGAACAAUUGAAUAAUUUUUCUGGUAUUUGGACAUCUAGGAAUGCUUCAAUUCUCCUUAUGGGACAAACUAUUUUGCUGAAUAUGCUGAGUCAAUUCCUGGUGGUCCUUCAACAGAAGCUCUUGCUAAAGCAGCAAAAGAAAACUCUGUGUAUGUUGUUGGAGGUAACCGUCACAUAUUAUAUCUGUCAUAUCGUGUCUAGUUGACAAUUUAAAGUUUUGUUGGAUGCUUUGCUAACACAAUAAUUUAAAUUACCCCAAGGCUAAUCAGCAGGCGAUGGUGGUAGAUGUUUUAAAGCAAAAGCCGGGCUAUACUUUUCUAUAUUAAUUCAACAAUAUAUUAUGUGAUAAAACUUGUUUUGUGAUAGUGAAUCUGCAUUUUUAUUAACUAUAUUAGCAUUUUAUUUGUAGGUAAUUUAUUGUUAAUUAAAUUAUUUUAUUUAUUGUAGUAUGUACAAUAACAUGUUCAUUAAAAUUUUUUUAAAAAGUACUGGUAAUUAAAAAAAUAGGCUUAAGUAAGUUAUUUGAUAUCCAUCUUUUAUUAUUUUUCUGAUUGAAUGAGAUAUGCUUUCUUUGUAUGGCACACUAUGCAUUUAUAUUGUGUGACUGCAGGCUCAAUACCAGAAAGACAAGGUGAUAAGCUCUACAACACCUGCACCAUUUUCAACCCCAAGGGUGAACUCAUCACUAAACACAGAAAGGUAAAGACAUGUUACAUUUUGUAUUCAUUGGUCAAAUCAUCACUCACUAGCUGGAUUCUUUUUUUUUUUUUUAAAGAUAUCAUUACAAUGAAUGAACACAUUUAAGAUUUCACUUUGACUGACUUAUUGAACAAACAAAGUUGUCUGCCUUCUUUGGAGUCUUCUACAAAUACACGGUAUAAAAAAAUUGUACAGUUUUUAAAACACAGAUGUUUGUGGUUUUUUUUCCCUUCAUUUUUGAUGUGGAAAAAAAAUGUAAAGAUUAACAAAAGAUAUAGCAAAAACAAAAAGUUUGAUGCAGCUUUAGUGAAGACGUACUGAAAGGAUGCAGCUUAGUGAAGAAGUACUUAAAAGAUGCAGCAUUAGUGAAAAAGUACUUAAAACUCAAAUGGAUGUUUUAGCUGAAGUGUUUUUUUUUCAGCAGGCAAAACAUGAAUAUCAAACAUAUUCAGCUGUUAAGUUUGUGCCUUUUCAUCUUCCUGAGCUUUAUCAUGGUCGAGGUUCUCUUCUGGUAACUUGAGACUUGGCAAAUGCCUAUGGUAGAAAUCAGGAUAUAAAUAACAUUAACAACAGUCUCACUGACUUAACAAAAAGUACCGGUACAAGCAAAUUUACACUUCGCAAAAAUCACACUAAAAAUGCUCAGCAAGGUUUUAUAGAGAACUUUCAAAAUCAGUUUUUAAUAUUUGUUCCAACCCAGGUGCAUUUGUUUGACAUUGAUGUUCCUGGGAAGAUUCGUUUUCAAGAGUCUGAGGUUCUCUCCCCUGGUGACCAUCUGACUAUAUUCACAACACGUCAGUUCCUGUUUUUUAAAAUUAAUUUUGUCAUUAAUUUAAGUUUUUGCAAGUUGUCACUCUUUUGACUGCAAAAAGUUGAAUGAUCGAUUAUUAUUCUGUUACAUACAAAAAGUCAAAACAAGAGUUUUAAAAGCCUGAAAACCAUUAGUAGGGCUAAACUACAUGUUUGAUGCUAGCACUAACUAUAGUUGAAAAGUGUAUCCAUUUUUUUGUUGACAGCGUUCUGCACAAUUGGUGUUGGCAUUUGCUAUGAUAUAAGGUUCGCAGAGAUGGCUCAGAUCUAUGCCAAUAAAGGUAAGUUGAAAUAGGAAUCAGAAAACUUUGUAUCUCAAAUUUUUGUCUUGGUAAUUUGUGUUAAUGAUUAUCAUUUAAAUGCACCCUUCAGUCUUCGCAAGACAAUUGAGUAGCUAUGUAAACCUCAGCAAAUGGCUCACUAGGCCGAUAAUGGUUAUCAUAGAUAUAGGUUAAAGGCAUCAUACUUUUGUAUUUAUCAUUUCUUUAAUUCAGUCAUUAUUCUAAUUUAGUACUUAGGUCACUUAUGCCGUAUCUAGCAGACACAUUUCGGCAAAUUUUUGGCUACAGUUUCCUCUCCCCAAUCAGGCUCUCAGUUCUUCACAGGAGAUACUGAUACAUACCUGCUCAUGUUUUCCACCACCAUCCUACAUUGCAAACCAUGAGAUGUCAGUUUCAUACAAUCUGUCACAGGGUGUGCCUUGUUGCUGUACCCAGGGGCCUUCAACAUGACGACUGGUCCAGCACAUUGGGAGGCCUUACAGAGAGCCAGAGCUUUAGACAACCAGGUGUUUGUGGCCACAGCUUCACCAGCCCGUGACACAGGUGCCGGGUACAUAGCCUGGGGCCAUUCCUCAGUUGUAGAUCCAUGGUAAUUUUAUCAGUUUUAAUUAGAUUGCCUGGAUCGAUGUUGGGGAAGUGUGAAUAAGGAGGAAUUUAAACAGUGGAGAUGGAAGGAUAAUGAGAAAAGUGAAUAGGGGAGAUGGAAUGAUAGAGGGGAUAUGUGAAUGGUGGAGAUGGAAUGAUAGGGGGAUAUGUGAAUGGUGGAGAUGGAAUGAUAGGGGGAUAUGUGAAUAGUGGACAUGGAAUGAUAUGGGGGGAUAUGUGAAUGGUGGAGAUGGAAUGAUAGGUGGAUAUGUUAAUAAUGGAGAUGGAAUGAUUGGGGGGAACUGAAAUUUUAAUGUUAGCAAACCUGGUCUACAUUUUGUCAAUAUCAUAAUCCAGUUUUUGACGUGUUCAAUGAAAAAAAGAUGAAGUAACCCUUGAAUCAACUGUUGACCCCAAAUGUCAUUGAGUGUCAUAGUUGUCUUCCCUACCUUUCCUCAAAAUCCCUCUAGACAUUGACAGUGUAUACUCAUUGUUGAAAUGGGUUUUGGCUGGUGUUACAUUAGGCAAGCAGACCACCUUGGUGAGAAGAGCAGACUGGUAUAGCUGGUGGGUCAUAAGCAGCCCAGGCUGCCAUUUUUUAGAUGGAGGAUGAUACACUCUAAGAGUACUGGGAUGAAUACCUAAUAAAUCAAUUCAUAUCAAUUAAACAAAGACUUGCUUUAAAGAAAUUUUCCUAGUGCCUGCUAUGAAAUCUCUCCACAGGGGUGAUGUCAUUUCCACCAUUGAUGAAAAGGAAGGAAUUGUCUAUGCUGAUAUUGGUAAUAAGAUUUGUUUUUUAACAAAGGUCUAAGAUAAUUAUCUAUUUUGAUUGGUAGGCUGCUUGUUAAUUAUAUUAUAUUCAAUGAACAGGUGCAAUAUCAGGUGAGUGGAAGAUAAUCUUAUUUGUUAUGCAUUCUUGUGAACAAAGUUGUUUGCUACAAGUCGAUCUUUUCCCCAUCAGCCUCUCCAAAAGGUUGUGGGAUUAAAAAAAAAUAUAUAAAAUCUGCAUCUAAAAUGCACCCAGUGUCAUUUUUCAAUUUGAUCAUUACCAUUAUGUUAUUUUAAUAAUUAAUUUGGAUGAGAAUUUAGCAAAUAAACUUCCAGACUAGUUAUUUUUGUGUUUUCUUUGUAAAAUGCAUCAGACAGUCCCAAAGGAUUAUACAUAUUAAAUGGUGUUGGAAUUUCUCAAAUGAGAAUGGGCACAGAGGGAUAGAAAAACCAAGUCAGUGUCUAAAAUAUUUGUUUAGCAAAGUUUAUUUAUUUUUAAAGGAAUCCAAGACAUGAUCAAAUUUUAUUUCAAUAUUACAGAUCUGGCCAGGAUGGAGGAAGUGCGUAAAAAUAUCCCCAUACGUAACCAGAAACGUCUUGACCUGUACAAUCCAGUCUCUGUGCCUUUGAAAAGUCAGCGGAAAGAUGAUUUGUACGACAUCCAUCAGUAACCUCUCUGGGCACGGAGGUUGCUGCAGAUAAAUGCUAGACUAAGAAGCUGCAGAGGAACCAAGCAGGUGAAUGCUGAGCAUGGACACACUAGGAUAUUGGACACUUGUGUUUGUUGUUGGGAUGGGAUAUUACUCAGAAAUAUAACUAUGAUAUUCUGGAUGGUGUGUUGACAAAAUAUGAAAUCUUGUCAUUUUCUUUACAAUGUCUUUGACAAGAGUAGGCUGGCUAGGGGGGCUAUUUAAAUUUAAUAAUAAAAAAAAAUGAUUUCUAUUUCAGAUAUCUUCAGUUUCCACAUUUACUUGCUUUAACUUCAGUGUAUAACACAUUUGACUGGAUUACCCAAAAGUGAACCUCACCCUUUUGUUUAAAAAUACAGUUGAAUAUUUUAAUUCCCCAUUUGUGAUAAUUUGUGUUUUUGUUUCUAAAGAAGUUGAAUUAUAUAAAACAAUUUGAAUUAUUUGAUAAAAGCAUGACGAGUUUAAAACCCACUUAAAUUUGGUUAAGAAUUCAACUCAUCUUGUAUUUAAUUAAGUCAGCUUGUACUCAAGUCAAGAUGAAUGUUUUGUGUGGGGAAAUGCAGUUAGCAGAACUGAACCAGACCUGGCAUCAUACAUACAGGUAUCAAAUUAUAUUGCCAUUAACUUCAGUUGGUGUUUUGAAAAAUAUUCAGAUAUUUUUUUUCUUUACUCAGUGUGCCUACUUAAGCGGGGCUAACCCUUAAGUUCUAGUGAAAUAAUUUCAGGAACCUCCAGCAAUGUUUUUGUUCAAGACGAAAUUUUACUUUAACCUUUUGGUGAAAAACCUGAUCUAAUUUAUAGAUGGCAUUGUGAGUCCAUGAUGGAACUAAUUUAUAGAUGGCAUUGUGAGUCCAUGAUGGAACUAAUUUAUUGAUGGCUUUGUGAUGGUUUAGCUUCUAAACUUGUCAAAAGCCUUUCCAUGUAAUUUUUUAAAAUGUUUUUAGCAAAUGACUUUCAAAAAAUCAAUCUAACCUUUGUUCUGCAAGAGGUAAAUCAAGUUUGCACAGAAGUGUCAGCUUUUUUGACAGUUGAUUUUUGUGUGAUUUUUCACUAGAUAAGUACAGAUGUGUGGCAAUAUGUUGUGUAAUGCUAUAGAACUAUAUCGGAUAAGGUAGUAUAAUUGUGUGAUAAUUUUUUUUAAUCAGCUCUUUAAUUUAAACUAUGCUCAGAUUUAUUUAAGAAUCUUGAUUGACCAUUUCUAUUAAUUGACCAUGCCUAUUAAACUAAUGGAACUAGCUGUAAUAAAUUUUCUAGUAUAACGUCAAUCCAAAAUGUCACAGAAAUUGAGGCUGUGAAAGUUAACAUGAUUAUUAUUAGUGUUCAUUUUAUUUUAUUAAGUACUGUAAUUUUGUUUAAUGAUCUUUGAAGCUUGUUACUACUUAUGUGCUCUUAACACUGGCUUGAAUCAAAAUAAUUUCUCUAUCUAGUUCUCCCUAUUUGUUGAUUGAGUAGCUUGGGAUUUUCUCAUUUAAAUGACAUGAAAUUCUCCUUGAAAUCUUAAACAAGUCUGAUUGAUUAGCUUGGGAUUUUCUCAUUUAAAUGACAUGAAAUUCUCCUCGAAAUCUUAAACAUUUCUGAUCACCAGGAAAGCAACAUUUUAUUAAUCAAAGUCUGGAAGUUGCUUUUUUUUAGAUGGCUACCUGUUUUUUUUUUGGCAUGAAGAACGAGCAGACAAGAUUUAAACAUUUAUGAGUCAUUUGGGGGAAAUGAAUUUUUCAAAAAUAAUCUUCAACUUAUUGAUGUUGUCUCUCACCAUUGAGUUGACAAUAAUAUUAAUAAAUAAUGUUACUGUGUGACAAGAUAGAAAAUAAUGUUGAAAACCUUCCCAUUAAUUAAUAUAUUAUAUGUAAUAUAAGACUCACUCUGAUUCAAUACAGUUUUACCUUUACAAUAUUAAAUAAAAUAAUUAUGGUACAGACAUUUUUAACAAAUAAAAUAACAAACUCACCAUGCAAAAUUUUUAGUUUAUUGGAAGAUUGUUCAACUUUAAAUUCAGCUUUAUUUCUAGGUAACAUUUCUGAAAUUCAUUGGCUUUCAUUAGCAUUGUUUUUAGCACAAACGUUGAUACAGUUUUUUAUCAUGACACGGAUAGUAAUGAUUCCUGUAGGGAUAAAUAUUGAAAAGCCCGAAUUCCUAUUAAGUGUCAGUAGCAUCAUAUUUCAACCUAAGCUGGGACUAGAAAUAGUGGGAGCAGCACUGUUUAAUUUCAUUUCAAAUUCUUCAUGCAUACAUAUAGACUUGUUUUAUUGGCCAUCAGUGGGCAAAGAGAUUGAAAUGGGUUCGCCAUCUCCGGAAGGCGGCUACUUCUGG